AUGCAGUUGGCAAUGCUCAACCGGACUACUUCCCUCCUUUCCAGCGCCCGCCGCUCGGUAUGCAGUUCCAUCGGUGGCCUCAGGCAACCGAGUCGAUUCCUCGCAACGACGGGAUCGCCGCUGCAAGAAUACUUUGUGGUUGUCUUCAACAAGCAGAACGCACAAGGGGCGGACCUGUCCCAGCGUCCUCAACCCAUCGAGUUCAAGAACCGGGAUAUUGUCCUCACGUUCGCCGGAGAUAUGCUGGCAUCGCCUGCGCUGGAUUCGGAGUCGGACCCCGCGGGGACCUUGGGAGCCUGCUUCGCGUGCCAGGCGCCUAGUGAGGAGAGUGUGCUCAAGGCUGUCCAGGCUCAUGAGAAUGCUGUCAAAGGGCUGUGGGACGUUGAGUCGGUGGAGAUUUCUGCGCUGGAGACGAUCCAUACGGGGGAUUUUGACAGGGAUGGUCAAUAG